AUGGCUACCAAAGUACGGUUGGAUUUUGUCCCGAUGACGGGCUAUGUCGCAUGCUGCACUUCAACUGCAAACUUUGUCAGAGCAGAAACAAAGAAACUGGACUGUUUCCUUGAUUGUUGGGGAAGAACCAAUGAAAAUAUCAGGCUGAUGGAUUGUCUCUUUAUUCGGUUCAAAAACCAACUUCAUCAUUUCAAAUUUUUCCAAGCAUUUUGUUGCUUUCGUCGCAGUAUUAAACACCUUUGUUCAGGGGUUCAGAGGUCAGGAGUUUCAAGACUGCGUCGCUUGUCAGAAAAUGCAGAUUCUAAUACUGUUUGCCCAAACGUGCAUUCAGUAGAUCAUUUUCUUGUCUGUUUGAUACAACUCCACCACUUCGCGCAACUAGCUAUUCGCCGCUCAGUUAGUUGCUGGAGGAUUUGUGACUUGCAAUUUGCCACUGGCCAUUUCACAAAAAUCCUACUGUUGAUGAUGACCUUACUCGCCUCUUUCCGUCCCGUUUUGGAGAGAUCCGCAUCUUCCUUAAACUUGACCUAUGAAAACAUAAAGAGGGUGCGAGACGGACUUUGCACCGAAGCAACUUGGCUGCCAACCGAUAUCACCCUACCUUCUUCACUGAAUUCGAUUGACCAAACUGAAAACAACCGAUUAGAAACAGCUGAGAUUGACCAACCUGUAAGAGAGCAAAGCCUACUACAUCCUUCGGCUUCAUUAUGUGCUACUACCACCUCACAUCCACAGUUUGAAGCAUCCUUAAUGCAAAGAUCAAAGAAGGCUAAGAAAAAAGCAUUGAAUAAACAACUAUUGAGAGAUUUCUCGGCAUUACGAGCGCCUCCCGGACCAACUACCACCAUUUUGGUACCUAGCUGUCAUGCCACCAAAAGGAAACAAGAGGGCUGGGAAAUUGCCAGGUUGUCCAAGCCUAGACAGAGUAAGUCGAGAGGCAGAGGUCGGGUUCGAACAACGGGCCUUUUGGCUAACGCAAUACACAAACUACGUGAUCAAGUCCCCGCUAUCUUCUCACCGUUGUGGCUUAGCAAAACCUGGCUUCCAGAGUACAUUAUACCAACCAAGGUGUUGUUCGAUUUGGUGCCAUCCGUUUUGGGUGAACAGACGCUAUGGAGAAUGUUCCAACUAAAUUCAACUCCCUCCAUUCCCGGGGGCGAGAUGGCCGAAGUGGUCCGCGGUUCGAAUCCGACCUCCGCCACUCGACUUCCCCUGUCUAGGCUUGGGCAACCUGGCAGUAUCCCAGCCCUCGUGCUCCCUUCGGGUGGCAUGGCAGCUAGGCACCGGAAGGGUGCUACAGCUGAACGCUCUUUAUCUCCCUCCAUUCCCAGGGCGAUGACAAAGCCUGCUGACGCUAUUCUAUCUACCACGGCAGCUUGUUGA